ACAAAGAUUUCGCGUUUCCUGUAUGCCAUCGCCGUCGCUCGCUCGGAUCGUCAGCAUGGCUGCCAGCCUUCGCGUCCUCAUCGUCGUCCUCGCCGUCGUCUCGGUCUCCGUCCGGCGCGCCGCUGCCGCCACGAUCACCGUGGACGAGGCGUGCAAGCAGUACACCAAGUACCCGGAGCUGUGCGUGAAGUCCCUGUCGUCCGCGAAGCCGGAGGCGAAGGCGGCGGCGGAGCAGGGCGGCCUGACGGGGCUGGCGGAGCUGUCGCUGGCGCAGGCGGCGCAGGUGGGCACGGAGACGGUGGCGUUCGUCAAGGGCCUGGAGAACACGCCGGGGGGCAUGCCGCCGGUGUGCCUGAACGAGUGUUUGGCCAAGUUCCAGGGGGCGCUGGCCGACCUGCAGCGGUCCAAGGUGGCGGUGCAGGAGGCCAAGGACGUGGGCGCCGUGAACACGUGGCUCUCGGCGGCGAAGAUCGACGGCGACACGUGCAUGAACGACUGCCAGAAGGUGGAGGGCGGCGGCGAGAUGCAGGUCGUCGACAAGAUCGGUGACCUCGGAAGGAUGUGCUCCAUCGCCAUGUCCCUCACCGAUGCUUCUCGUAAUCACACCGCGGCCGCCUGAGAAGACGUAUAUAUAUAUAUAUGUAUGCGUGCAGCGUGCUGCAUCGGAUCGGCGCAUGUUUAAUCUGAGCUGUAAUACAUUAUCAUUUUUGCAUUUCUUGUACAACACAGUACUCUUUCCCCUAUACUAAACAAAUGUCAUUAUAACGGAUUUGGACGGCGAAUACAUCAGCUUCUUCAUCCUAUUAA